UAUAUGAGGCGUCUAUGUUUAGAUGGUUUCUAUAGUAAAUUGCCCAGCAAUGGUGCCACAUUUGCCAGCACAUGGAAGAAUUGGUCCUAUCUCAAAUCGUUUGCCUUAACCUAUAAAAUGUUGUUUGUACCAACUGUGGGUCCUGGAUUUGCGGAACGUAAUAAAUUCCCGCGUCAUGGUGAUAUACAACGGCAUCGUAGUAAUGGAAGGUAUUAUGGUGUUGCUUGGCGUACCGCCAUACUCAAUCAUGUCGGUUUUAUUAACAUUGCCAGCUAUAAUAAUUGGGCCGAUGGCAGUCAAAUUGAAGAAGUCUUACCCAAGGCUGGAUUUUUAAACUAUAGUCCCGGCAAGCCGAGCAAAUAUUUGGAUUUAACCACACAUUGGGUUACGAAUUUUGUUAAGACCCGUAAUGAAGCGGCCACAGCUGCCGCUGCUUCGCACACUCUACUCAGCUGUUAUGAAUAUUUAAAUAAUACAAUUUGUUAA